AGAGCGCUGACCAUGACCCAGGAGCUGAGCAAAGAGGCCCUGCAGGAACUGUACGCCUGGAUCGACCGAAUCCCGCUCUCCAGGCCGAAGCGGAACAUCGCCCGGGAUUUCAGCGACGGAGUAAUGGUCGCUGAAGUGGUGAAGCACUUUUUGCCAAGACUGGUAGAAAUACACAACUACAUCCCAGCAAACUCUACCCAGCAAAAGCUGAGUAACUGGCAGAUAUUAAAUAGGAAGGUAUUUUCAAAAUUGCGUUUUCAUAUUCCCGAAGAUAUGUUAACAAAAUUGGUUAAGAGUUCUCCUGGAAUCAUUGAAACAGUUUUGUAUAUGUUGAGACAGAAGAUUGAGGAAGAACUCAAUGGGGUACAAGUAAGAAAUGGACACCUUGUUCAUAUACAGGAUAUGGAACAUUACAGUAUUGGUGUUGACAAGAGCUUUUUAGAUUAUGCACCAUCCAACAUGCAUCAACCCCAAGCAGAAAUGUGGUACAACAAUCAAAAGCAGAGAUCAUUUUGUGAGCAGUAUUCCCAUCUGGAUCCUGAAAUCCGUUUCUUGUUAGAGGAAAAAGAACAAGCUUUGUUAGCACUUCGUGAAACUGUGGAGAUUCUGCAGAUGAAAGUACAGAGACUUGAGCAUCUGGUUCAGCUGAAAGACCUCCGAAUCGAAGAUCUGACAAGACACUUGAAGAAACAUAAAUCACAGGGGACAAUGAAGUGAUAACAAAG